AGGCUGUGGGCGUGGGGGUUGGUUUGUACGAUCCCAGCUGAGCCUCUCGCAAGCCAUUGACACAGCGCUGAAACUAAGACGCUGUGAGCCUUCCAAACUCAACCUGAUAACCGGCUCUGCGCGGAUGCCCCACGAUGCCCACUUCCCCUUGGAGCCCUGGUGGACACCACUGGAUGCCUGCCCUCCGGUUCGCUCUCCGUCUUUCCUGAGCACACGUGCGACUCUGAAGUGUCUCGGGGUCUUCCGUAUUCACCUGUCUUGUCUUUCCCCACAGUCGCCCGUGGGAGCCGAGGGGGCAUGAGCCACCUGCAGACGCUGCUGUUAGACACCCUCCUGGGGACGAAGCACGUGGACUGUGCCGCACUCAUCAAGAUCCAGGAGCGGGCCCUGUGUGUGGCAUCGCCGGGAUUCAAUGUAAUGCCAAGUGAUGUCCGAACUCUUGUGAAUGGAUUCGCCAAAAACCCCUUGCAGGCCCGAAGAGAAGGGCUGUAUUUCAAGGAAAAGGACUACAAAUGUGUCCGGGCAGAUGAAAAUUCUCUUUAUGCUAAGAAUGGGAACACCGGUGUGAUUGUUGUGAAGACUCAUCUGUAUCUUCUGGUGGCGACUUACACCGAGAGCAUGUAUCCUAGUGUGUGUGUGGAAGCCACAGAGAAGCUGGGAGAAUAUCUAAGAAAAAAAGGAAAUUAAGUCGUGAGAGGACUAUGAAAGACAACUUUCUUAUUUUAGAAGCAAACUAUAGAUCAUAAAGAAGAAAUUAUGCUGUGUUUGUGGUUGAAAAACACUAAGCUGAAGAUACUAAAGAAUGAUAAUCCAUUAAGGGAAUAAUGCAAGAGGCCAUCUUCUUUCAUUGGAAGUACUUGAUCAACUUGUUCUUUUAAGUGUUAGUCGUUGGCGUGGAACCUGAAAGCGCUGAUGGUUUUAAAGGGCAUGUCCUGGAGACUCCCCCCCAGGAGGCUCUUGUCUUCCUAGAUAUGCCAGGGAUGCAAGUUCCUAACCAUGCUUUAUCCAGGCCGUAACGGGGUUAUGUCGCAGGAAGCAACCUUAGAAAGAAGUCAUGUCCCCCUUCCUGACAGAGAGCACAUUAGCUAACUGCUUGCUGUAAGAGGUGUGACGUCCCCAAGCUCAAUAUUCCUCUACGCUGCAUGUGUGACAGCCAUCUGGUCCACUUCACCCCUGUGGGUCCAUAUCACCCCUGGAGGGGUAAGGGAACCAAUGCAAAGUCCACCAGCAGUGGCCACUCGUCAGGUGUUUGAUGGCCAUUCCACACUCCGUUUGUAGGCUUCUGGUAUCGGUGAGCAUUGGAAAGGCCUUUUAGAAAACAAACCCCACGUCUCUCUCUGUGCUAGUCUGCACUACUUGGUAAGGCAGCAUGACCCCUGAACUCCACCUUUACCGGAAAGUAUUCCUCCAUGGGUCACCUCCUAGGCGAUGAUCAGGACAAAAGUGACAAGUUACAGAGUUUAUUUCAAAAACUAGAGAUUGGACCCUGAGUGUUGCUGGGCAUGAUGCAUCUUUCCCCCAGCAGCAGCCUCAGGCCAGCCUGGUUGUCACACCCUGCACAUGUGCCUGGGGAGGGAACACCGUAGACCACUGCUCGGAAAGACCCAGGGAAUCCAAGCUCAACUCUGGUCAGCCAGGUUGGAUUCACACAGUUCUGUAUCAUAGGGAUGAAGGGCACUUAGAGCGUGCUGCUCUCCAGGUCCCUCCACUGUGCACUACACAGGCCAGGGGAAUAUAAUGGGUCUCUAAGAUUUGUAAAAAUAUCCCUGUCCCAUAUGACCUUUCCAGACAAAAUGUCUGGGUGCAAAAGAGCAUGAUUAGAGAUAAAGCAUCCUCGUGGCUACUGGGAUGGAACAUCAUUCCUUUUCUAGGCUUGGGUGCCAAGGACCACAGACAAUUUCCUUUGUGGUCAAAUUUACCACUAGUCCAUUCUAUCUGUUAAGUUGCUUGAUACUAUAUGAAUGAGGGAUAAAAAUAAAGGUAAACAUUGGCUUAUCUGGAAGCUAUUGGGUAACAAAGGUAAGGAGUAGCCUACAUGACCCCAGAGAGGGUCACAAUCUAGUAGGGGAGGCAAGCUCGGCAAUGAGUCACAUGACCUGUGAUACAGGCUUUUACAGAUACGAAGUGACUGCAGAGCGCAGAGCCGGGAGCCUAGGGCUGUGCCUUCAGGAGCCCUAAGAUGCCCUGUGAAGUGGAUGUAGGAGAAUGAGUGAGUAUGAGAGAGUAAGCUUGAAGGAACACACGUGUAAAGGCACAGUCAUGACCAGUUGUGCAGCAAGAAUGGUGAGACGGUCCAUCUGGCUGGAAAGCAGUACGUGUGGAGGGACGAAUAGUGAAACGGCAGACAAGGCCAAGAUAGGGCUGCUUUCCUCGGGGUCACCCAAAGGUCAUCCAACGGUACUGUGGUAUAGCAGCAACUAUUGGAUUCUGGUUACAAAAAUAAUAAACACUGAUCUUAAAACCUUAGGAAAAUAAGUCCCCCAUAGUUCUGUGCUAGAGCGCCCCAAACCUGUGCCUGCUCAUCCAGGGAUCUGAUGCAUGGGUGCAGGAAGAAAGCAGGCAUGUAUUUGCCAAACACCAAGCAAGGAGCUAGGCAGCUUUCUCUUCAUUUCUGGGCUCUUGGAGGGGAUCGUGUCAUUGAAGCUGAGAUUGAGGUGGGUGUUCAGCCCAGCCCGUGCACAGGUCUCUGGUCGGUCUGCAGGGCCUGCGGCCCUCCUCUGGCCACAGAGGAGUGUGACUUCAUGUUCUUUGGGAAAUUUUUAA